AUGAUAUUACGUAAUCCCAUUACAGAUAACCGGACAUCUGAAAACGGAAUCCGGCGGACGUGGACCGCCCGAAUUCAAACCCGACACCGGCGACGCGAUAAAAGAGCCAGUUAUUUUGAAGCUAAAUUAAAAGUUAAAAAAGCUGAGGUAACAGAUGAUCUUUCAACUAGUGAUGAAAUUCAGACCAAGAUUAGAAGAAAAAAAGUAUUGGUUCAAGAUCCACCUAUUUUUAAUGAAUUGUUAAACGAAGGUAAUUUAUCAAAAUCUGCUAAUGAUUAUGAAUCAUUACACAAUUGUCAAAUUAUGAGUUCUCAAAUUCCAGUUAAAAAAAGAUUAUUGGCUGCAACUUCUUCCAGUCAGGGUAAUCUAUCAAAAUCUGCUAAUGACAAUGAAUCAUUACACAAUUGUCAAAUUAUGAGUUCAAAAAUUCCAGUUAAAAGAAGAUUAUUUGAUACAACUUCUUCUAGUCAGGGUAUUAUUUUUCAGAUGAUUUUUGUGGUUUAA